AUGCAACACCAUGUGAGGCACCAGGAGAACAUGCAACACCACGUGAGGCACCAGGAGAACAUGCAACACCAUGUGAGGCACCAGGAGAACAUGCAACACCAUGUGAGGCACCAGGAGAACAUGCAACACCAUGUGAGGCACCAGGAGAACAUGCAACACCAUGUGAGGCACCAGGAGAACAUGCAACACCAUGUGAGGCACCAGGAGAACAUGCAACACCAUGUGAGGCACCAGGAGAACAUGCAACACCACGUGAGGCACCAGGAGAACAUGCAACACCACGUGAGGCACCAGGAGAACAUGCAACACCACGUGAGGCACCAGGAGAACAUGCAACACCACGUGAGGCACCAGGAGAACAUGCAACACCACGUGAGGCACCAGGAGAACAUGCAACACCACGUGAGGCACCAGGAGAACAUGCAACACCAUGUGAGGCACCAGGAGAACAUGCAACACCAUGUGAGGCACCAGGAGAACAUGCAACACCAUGUGAGGCACCAGGAGAACAUGCAACACCAUGUGAGGCACCAGGAGAACAUGCAACACCAUGUGAGGCACCAGGAGAACAUGCAACACCAUGUGAGGCACCAGGAGAACAUGCAACACCAUGUGAGGCACCAGGAGAACAUGCAACACCAUGUGAGGCACCAGGAGAACAUGCAACACCAUGUGAGGCACCAGGAGAACAUGCAACACCAUGUGAGGCACCAGGAGAACAUGCAACACCAUGUGAGGCACCAGGAGAACAUGCAACACCAUGUGAGGCACCAGGAGAACAUGCAACACCAUGUGAGGCACCAGGAGAACAUGCAACACCAUGUGAGGCACCAGGAGAACAUGCAACACCAUGUGAGGCACCAGGAGAACAUGCAACACCAUGUGAGGCACCAGGAGAACAUGCAACACCAUGUGAGGCACCAGGAGAACAUGCAACACCAUGUGAGGCACCAGGAGAACAUGCAACACCAUGUGAGGCACCAGGAGAACAUGCAACACCAUGUGAGGCACCAGGAGAACAUGCAACACCAUGUGAGGCACCAGGAGAACAUGCAACACCAUGUGAGGCACCAGGAGAACAUGCAACACCACGUGAGGCACCAGGAGAACAUGCAACACCACGUGAGGCACCAGGAGAACAUGCAACACCACGUGAGGCACCAGGAGAACAUGCAACACCACGUGAGGCACCAGGAGAACAUGCAACACCAUGUGAGGCACCAGGAGAACAUGCAACACCAUGUGAGGCACCAGGAGAACAUGCAACACCAUGUGAGGCACCAGGAGAACAUGCAACACCAUGUGAGGCACCAGGAGAACAUGCAACACCGAGGCCCAGGGGCCGCCCCGGUGGACUUUAUAAGCCCAGGGGCCGCCCCGGUGGACUUUAUAAGCCCAGGGGCCGCCCCGGUGGACUUUAUAAGCCCAGGGGCCGCCCCGGUGGACUUUAUAAGCCCAGUCCUCUCAUUUGCCCCUCUUUGCCCUCACGCCUCUGCAGCUGUGUGUUUGUCAGAGCAUCCAGUGCUGCUGUGUCUGCUCAGUGUGUGCUCUCCUCUGGGUCUACAGCAGCUCAGUGUGUGCUCUCCUCUGGGUCUACAGCAGCUCAGUGUGUGCUCUCCUCUGGGUCUACACCAGCUCAGUGUGUGCUCUCCUCUGGGUCUACAGCAGCUCAGUGUGUGCUCUCCUCUGGGUCCUCCUCUGGGUCUACAGCAGCUCAGUGUGUGCUCUCCUCUGGGUCUACAGCAGCUCAGUGUGUGCUCUCCUCUGGGUCUACAGCAGCUCAGUGUGUGCUCUCCUCUGGGUCUACACCAGCUCAGUGUGUGCUCUCCUCUGGGUCUACAGCAGCUCAGUGUGUGCUCUCCUCUGGGUCUACACCAGCUCAGUGUGUGCUCUCCUCUGGGUCUACAGCAGCUCAGUGUGUGCUCUCCUCUGGGUCUACAGCAGCUCAGUGUGUGCUCUCCUCUGGGUCUACAGCAGCUCAGUGUGUGCUCUCAUCUGGGUCUACAGCAGCUCAGUGUGUGCUCUCCUCUGGGUCUACAGCAGCUCAGUGUGUGCUCUCCUCUGGGUCUACAGCAGCUCAGUGUGUGCUCUCCUCUGGGUCUACAGCAGCUCAGUGUGUGCUCUCCUCUGGGUCUACAGCAGCUCAGUGUGUGCUCUCCUCUGGGUCUACAGCAGCUCAGUGUGUGCUCUCCUCUGGGUCUACAGCAGCUCAGUGUGUGCUCUCCUCUGGGUCUACAGCAGCUCAGUGUGUGCUCUCCUCUGGGUCCUCCUCUGGGUCUACAGCAGCUCAGUGUGUGCUCUCCUCUGGGUCCUCCUCUGGGUCUACAGCAGCUCAGUGUGUGCUCUCCUCUGGGUCCUCCUCUGGGUCUACACCAGCUCAGUGUGUGCUCUCCUCUGGGUCCUCCUCUGGGUCUACACCAGCUCAGUGUGUGCUCUCCUCUGGGUCUACAGCAGCUCAGUGUGUGCUCUCCUCUGGGUCUACAGCAGCUCAGUGUGUGCUCUCCUCUGGGUCUACAGCAGCUCAGUGUGUGCUCUCCUCUGGGUCUACACCAGCUCAGUGUGUGCUCUCCUCUGGGUCCUCCUCUGGGUCUACAGCAGCUCAGUGUGUGCUCUCCUCUGGGUCCUCCUCUGGGUCUACACCAGCUCAGUGUGUGCUCUCCUCUGGGUCCUCCUCUGGGUCUACACCAGCUCAGUGUGUGCUCUCCUCUGGGUCUACAGCAGCUCAGUGUGUGCUCUCCUCUGGGUCUACAGCAGCUCAGUGUGUGCUCUCCUCUGGGUCUACAGCAGCUCAGUGUGUGCUCUCCUCUGGGUCUACAGCAGCUCAGUGUGUGCUCUCCUCUGGGUCUACAGCAGCUCAGUGUGUGCUCUCCUCUGGGUCUACAGCAGCUCAGUGUGUGCUCUCCUCUGGGUCUACAGCAGCUCAGUGUGUGCUCUCCUCUGGGUCCUCCUCUGGGUCUACAGCAGCUCAGUGUGUGCUCUCCUCUGGGUCCUCCUCUGGGUCUACAGCAGCUCAGUGUGUGCUCUCCUCUGGGUCCUCCUCUGGGUCUACACCAGCUCAGUGUGUGCUCUCCUCUGGGUCCUCCUCUGGGUCUACACCAGCUCAGUGUGUGCUCUCCUCUGGGUCUACAGCAGCUCAGUGUGUGCUCUCCUCUGGGUCUACAGCAGCUCAGUGUGUGCUCUCCUCUGGGUCCUCCUCUGGGUCUACACCAGCUCAGUGUGUGCUCUCCUCUGGGUCCUCCUCUGGGUCUACACCAGCUCAGUGUGUGCUCUCCUCUGGGUCUACAGCAGCUCAGUGUGUGCUCUCCUCUGGGUCUACAGCAGCUCAGUGUGUGCUCUCCUCUGGGUCUACAGCAGCUCAGUCAGCUCAGUGUGUGCUCUCCUCUGGGUCUACAGCAGCUCAGUGUGUGCUCUCCUCUGGGUCUACAGCAGCUCAGUGUGUGCUCUCCUCUGGGUCUACAGCAGCUCAGUGUGUGCUCUCCUCUGGGUCUACAGCAGCUCAGUGUGUGCUCUCCUCUGGGUCCUCCUCUGGGUCUACAGCAGCUCAGUGUGUGCUCUCCUCUGGGUCCUCCUCUGGGUCUACAGCAGCUCAGUGUGUGCUCUCCUCUGGGUCCUCCUCUGGGUCUACAGCAGCUCAGUGUGUGCUCUCCUCUGGGUCCUCCUCUGGGUCUACACCAGCUCAGUGUGUGCUCUCCUCUGGGUCCUCCUCUGGGUCUACACCAGCUCAGUGUGUGCUCUCCUCUGGGUCUACAGCAGCUCAGUGUGUGCUCUCCUCUGGGUCUACAGCAGCUCAGUGUGUGCUCUCCUCUGGGUCUACAGCAGCUCAGUGUGUGCUCUCCUCUGGGUCUACAGCAGCUCAGUACUGCAGCCUGGUGGUGGGGCUCAGUACUGCAGCCUGGUGGUGGGUCUCAGUACUGCAGCCUGGUGGUGGAGCUCAGUACUGCAGCCUGGUGGUGGGGCUCAGUACUGCAGCCUGGUGGUGGGUCUCAGUACUGCAGCCUGGUGGUGGAGCUCAGUACUGCAGCCUGGUGGUGGGGCUCAGUACUGCAGCCUGGAGUCUUAGCCCACUGUAAAAUAAGUAAUCUAUAA